UGAUAACCAGCUUUUUGCUCGCGUUUUCUGUUACCUUUGGAAGCUCUAAGUUAUGCCGUUAUGUCCAGCACCGUGAGGGCUCUGUGGCAGGCCGUCGCUCAAGCAUCGAAAGCUCUGCAGCUUGAGUCCUUCAAGAGAGUGACGGUCAGAAUCGAUCCUUUUCACAGCAAUGCGACUGCGGUCAGGUGGGUGGCAUGGCCGCACGGAGCGACGACCUUCAGUCAGUUUCAUCGUCCCGUGCUCCAGAGUUUUCAUUCUCUCCUGCAAAGAGACUUCCUGUAUCAUGUAAGUGCAUCAAGGGUGCGAUUGACCAACCCUGAGUGUUCCCUCAAGACUGAAGUGUUGUGCGACCGAUCAGAGCCCACCGUUGAUAUUGUGUUCGUGGAUGGUCGGCGAGCAGUGGUUCGGUGUGGCCACCUGAGCUGCCUAGAAGUGCUGCAGACCGUGGGCCGGCUCGGAGUAGGGGCUGCUGGCCAUGGCCAAGGCAGCCAGUAGUGACCAGCUGACGCCCCAGGCCGAGCUGUUCCUGCGUGCGUACAGCCAGGUGCCUGCGUUCCGGGACCUCUUUGACGAGGAGACCUUCUACAUCUUUGCGGCCUUCUUCGUUCUCGCCACCUGCCUCGUGGCUUUCCUGCUGUCGCGCUUCAUCACACUGCGCCCCGUCGAAUAAAUAAAAUGUUGCGCUUAUGCCAGGUGCAACAAUAAA